GUGGCCUAGUUUCCCCAACUACUCUCUCUGCCAGGGUCUAUAAAUUAGGUCGCACCCCACUCUUUUUCUUCACAACACUCCUUCUCUCCAAACUACCUGCUGCUCCUUUCUUUGUCCCCUCACUAUCGAAGAAAAUGGCUCUUGUUAUCUUGAUGGGUAUUCUCACAAUGCUCUCCUCUGCUCAUGCUUAUGGUGGAGGGUGGACUGGUGCUCAUGCCACUUUCUAUGGAGGGAGUGAUGCAUCAGGGACAAUGGGUGGAGCAUGUGGGUAUGGAAACCUCUACAGCCAAGGCUAUGGAACAAACACUGCUGCUUUGAGCACUGCACUGUUCAACAAUGGGUUAAGCUGUGGCUCUUGCUUUGAGAUUAAGUGUGCCAAUGACCACAAGUGGUGCCUUCCGGGCUCCAUUUUGGUCACUGCCACCAAUUUCUGUCCACCCAACAAUGCCUUACCAAACAAUGCUGGUGGCUGGUGUAACCCUCCUCUUCAACACUUUGAUCUCGCUCAGCCCGUCUUCCUACGCAUUGCUCAAUACCGCGCUGGAAUUGUGCCUGUGUCCUACAGAAGGGUGCCCUGCAGGAGAAAGGGAGGGAUCAGAUUCACCAUCAAUGGACAUUCUUACUUCAACCUAGUCCUCAUCACAAACGUUGGCGGUGCUGGAGAUGUGCAUGGUGUGGCAGUCAAAGGUUCAAGAACUGGUUGGAUGCCAAUGUCAAGGAACUGGGGUCAGAACUGGCAGAGCAACAACUAUCUGAAUGGACAAAGCCUCUCAUUCAAGGUUACUACAAGCGAUGGCCGAACUGUGGUGUCAUACAACGUUGCACCAGCUGGUUGGUCCUUUGGACAAACCUACACCGGUGCUCAAUUCCGCUAGAUCUACCUUGUCCAAGUUGAAGUCACACGAAUACAAUUACUAUAUAGUAUAUAUAUAGUAUGGUCUAAAAGAGUAUGGCUCUUUAGUAUACUAGGGUAUUAGAUAGUAUGCUACCAAUUAAGGGGUCAGAUUUUGGAAUUUUAAGUCCAGGCAGGGAAAGAAGGGCAUGUUUUAAAUUGCUCCUUCAUUUCAAUUUCUGUGUCUGCUGGUGGGGACCUGUUUUUUUGGCUCCUCUUUAUUGCUGGGGUGGUUUUCUUUUUAACUUUUUUUAAAGGUUUUUGAAGCCUCUGUGGCUAAACAGAAGCUAGGGGAGGUGGAAUUUUAAUUUUGUAAUGUAUGGGUGAACUACUUAAUUGGAAGAGGUGGAUUCUGACCACCCGCCAAUUAGUAUUGAAACAGAGUCUUUUUCAUCUUGUUGGGAGUGUUUAAUACUCAUCCUUUUGUAACCGGACUUGGUUGUGUUUCAGACUCAAAAAACCAAGUUUCAGUAAUUUCCAUUGCUAUCCUUCUAUUUCUUUACUUU